UUGGUGACGACCAGUAUACUUCGGAUCGCAAACAGAGUCUCUUAGAUCCGAGCCAUGGGCCAUUUGAUACGUUGGAGCUGUCUUCUGAUCGUACUGGUAUGUUCUGGUACUCGAGGGGAUGAUGACCAAUACGGCACCGCUGGUCGCCAUUUGUUGGCGAUCUACUCAAAUCCAGAUGUCAAUCGAGCCACAAAGGAAAGGAAUCUUCGAGAGAUGGCACAGUUCUAUGACGCAUAUCAAGAUCAAAUCGGCUUAACCUCGGAGGAAAGGCUACGUGCUGAAGAACUGCGAAAGCGAUACACUGAGGCCAUCCAAACUGGCGUCUUGGCGGAGGGUGAAACUUCUCGGGAGGGCACCAUUGGACCCAUUGUUGCCAAGUACAUUGUCGAGGGUGUUGUGGAUCUGGCGAAAGUCGUUGAAAGUCAUAGAAGUUCAUCAGCAAAGGGAAUCGAGAUAAAUCGUAUAAUUACAAUUAUUGGAUUUAUUUUUUGCCUUUUUUCUAGCGGUAUGUUCAGGUCAAAGUAUUUUUAGAUUUUUUGUUUCUUUAAUACAUUUUGUAUAAUAUAUAUACCUAUAUCAAUCAUUAAGCGAAACACAAAGAACUACA